CCAACCCGUUUCCUAAAAUCUUCUCCAGGCAUUUGAUCUCAGGAAUUGAAGAAACCUACAGAGGAAAGUAGUCGGAGAAGAAGAAAGAUGCCGGUAAUGGAGAAAUUGAAAAUGUUCGUAGUCCAAGAGCCUGUGGUAGCUGCUUCUUGUCUCAUCGCCGGUUUCGGCCUUUUCCUUCCUGCGGUUGUAAGGCCAAUGCUUGAUUCUUUUGAAUCAUCAAAGCAAGUCCCUCAACCUGCUCUAAGUGAUGUGGUUGCUGGUGUGACUGGUAAAAAACAAGAAUAACAUGCCGGUCAGGUUUGUAUUUCAAGUGUUAGUUACACCUCUCUUUGUUCAUUCUGAUAAAAAUGGAAAUAAGAUCUUCAUUUGUGGAUAACUAUUAAAAAAAUUUGUAUUCGAGCUCGUUUGAAUGAGAAAUUGCCUUCACUAAUUACCCAGUCAAUGCCUGUAAGAGGCUUUUCACUAUUUGA